AUGCCGGGGGGCAAAAGAGGGCUGGUGGCACCACAGAACACGUUUUUGGAGAACAUCGUCAGGCGCUCAAGUGAAUCAAGUUUUUUACUGGGCAAUGCACAAAUUGUGGACUGGCCUGUAGUUUAUAGUAAUGACGGAUUUUGUAAACUCUCUGGAUACCACCGAGCCGACGUCAUGCAGAAAAGUAGCACCUGCAGUUUUAUGUAUGGGGAACUCACAGACAAGAAAACCAUUGAGAAAGUCAGACAGACAUUUGACAACUAUGAGUCAAACUGCUUUGAAAUCCUCUUGUACAAGAAAAACAGAACACCUGUUUGGUUUUACAUGCAGAUUGCACCAAUAAGAAACGAGCAUGACAAAGUCGUUUUAUUCCUCUGCACUUUUAAAGAUAUCACUUUAUUCAAGCAACCCAUUGAAGAUGAUUCCACCAAAGGCUGGACAAAGUUUGCUCGGUUGACGCGAGCUUUGACGAACAGCCGGAGCGUUCUGCAGCAGCUAACGCCCAUGAACAAAGCCGAGGUGGUCCAUAAACACUCACGGCUAGCUGAAGUUCUCCAGCUGGGUUCGGAUAUUCUUCCACAAUACAAACAAGAAGCCCCAAAGACUCCCCCGCAUAUAAUUUUACACUACUGCGCUUUCAAGACCACCUGGGACUGGGUCAUCUUAAUUCUCACCUUCUACACAGCCAUCAUGGUUCCUUACAACGUGUCCUUCAAAACAAAGCAGAACAACAUUGCAUGGUUGGUUCUGGAUAGUGUGGUAGAUGUUAUUUUUCUGGUGGACAUAGUACUGAAUUUUCACACGACCUUCGUUGGACCUGGUGGAGAGGUCAUCUCCGAUCCCAAACUCAUCAGGAUGAACUACCUGAAAACCUGGUUCGUGAUAGAUCUUUUGUCAUGUUUACCUUAUGACAUCAUCAAUGCCUUUGAGAAUGUGGAUGAGGGGAUCAGCAGCCUCUUCAGCUCCUUAAAAGUGGUGCGCCUUCUGCGACUGGGCCGUGUUGCCAGGAAAUUGGACCACUAUCUGGAAUAUGGUGCCGCGGUGUUGGUGCUUCUUGUCUGUGUCUUUGGACUAGUGGCCCAUUGGCUAGCUUGUAUAUGGUACAGCAUCGGGGACUAUGAGGUUAUCGAUGAAAUCACAAAUAGCCUCAAAAAGGACAGCUGGCUCUGCCAACUGGCGGAAAGCAUUGGAACGCCGUAUCGGUACAACUCCACGGGAUCAGGGCAGUGGGAAGGAGGACCCAGUAAAGACUCCCUUUAUAUAACUUCCCUCUACUUUACCAUGACAAGCCUUACGACGAUUGGAUUUGGAAACAUCGCUCCAACCACCGACGGAGAGAAGAUCUUUUCGGUAGCCAUGAUGAUGGUUGGCUCUCUUCUUUAUGCAACUAUUUUUGGGAAUGUCACCACAAUUUUCCAACAAAUGUAUGCCAACACUAACCGCUAUCACGAGAUGUUGAACAACGUGAGAGAUUUCUUAAAGUUAUACCAAGUCCCCAAAGGCCUUAGUGAACGGGUCAUGGAUUAUAUCGUCUCCACAUGGUCCAUGUCCAAAGGGAUCGACACAGAGAAGGUCCUUUCAAUUUGUCCCAAAGACAUGAGAGCAGACAUCUGUGUGCAUCUCAACCGGAAGGUUUUUAAUGAGCACCCAGCCUUUCGACUAGCGAGUGACGGAUGCUUGCGAGCCCUUGCAGUGGAGUUCCAGACGAUCCACUGCGCCCCUGGAGACCUCAUCUACCAUGCCGGAGAAAGUGUCGAUGCCCUCUGCUUUGUUGUCUCAGGUUCCCUGGAAGUCAUCCAAGAUGAAGAGGUGGUGGCCAUUUUGGGUAAAGGUGAUGUGUUUGGUGACAUCUUCUGGAAGGAGACCACUCUGGCCCAUGCAUGUGCUAACGUGCGGGCACUGACGUAUUGUGAUUUGCACAUUAUCAAGCGGGAAGCCUUGCUGAAAGUUCUGGACUUUUAUACAGCUUUUGCAAACUCCUUCUCAAGGAAUCUUACACUCACCUGCAAUCUGAGGAAACGGAUUAUUUUCCGAAAAAUCAGUGAUGUUAAAAAAGAAGAGGAGGAACGCUUGCGCCAGAAGAAUGAAGUGACCUUGAGCAUUCCCGUGGACCAUCCGGUACGAAAGCUCUUCCAGAAAUUCAAGCAGCAGAAAGAAAUGAGGAACCAAGGCACAACCAUCAUCGACCCAGAGAGGAACACCCUCCAGGUGGAGACCCGGACCAUGCAAAAUGGUGCCUCCAUCACUGGCACAAGUGUGGUCACUGUGUCUCAGAUCACACCCAUCCAGACAUCAUUGUCUUAUGUGAAAACCGAUGAGGCCAUCAAACAGAACAACAGGGAUGCCAUGGAGCUCAAUCCCAACAGCAAUGGGGAGCAAAAAUCCCUCAAGGUGACCAGUCCUGUGAGGAUGAAAAACGGGAACGGGAAAGGGUGGCUUCGCCUCAAAAACAACAUGGCGGGUCAGGAAGAGAAGAAGGAAGACUGGAACAACGUCACAAAGGCAGAGUCCAUGGGGUUGUUGUCUGACGACCCCAAGAGUGCCGAGACGGAGAAUGGUGUAACUAAAAACCCACUGAGGAAAACAGACUCAUGUGACAGUGGGAUAACGAAAAGUGACCUUCGGUUGGACAAAGCUGGUGAGAAUCGCAGCCCCCUGGAGCACAGCCCCAGCCAAGCAGAUGCAAAACACCCCUUUUACCCCAUCCCUGAGCAGGCCUUACAAACUACCCUCCAGGAGGUCAAACACGAACUCAAAGAAGACAUUCAGCUGCUAAGCAGCAGGAUGGCAGUACUGGAGAAGCAGGUGGCAGAGAUUUUAACGAUACUGUCUCAGAAGAACACGCCACAGACACCUUCUCCUAAGUCCCAUUUACCUCCUCAGCUACCAUCCCAAAUACCUUGUCAGGAUAUUUUUAGCGUUUCGAGGCCCGUCUCACCUGAAUCAGAAAAAGAUGAAAUCCACUUUUAAUAUAUUCCUACUUCUCUUUCUAUACUCUGGCCUGUAUCCAACUCAGUUAGAGUUGACCCACUGAAAUAAAUAGGCCUAAGUUGGUCACAGUAGUGCCUGGUGGCUCCAUGUCAGUGGGAAUGGCAUCCAGUCCAGGUUUUAGUCUGAACUUUCAAGGAGCUGUCCAAGGUGCUUUCAGCUUUCAGCUGGAUGCCACUGCCCCACUGACAGGGAGCCGUUGGUCAUGACCAGAGAUUUCAAUGGGUCUAUGCUGAGUGUGACUAAUGCUAGAUACAACCCUAUGUGUCUACUGCGAAAUGGCCCUGCAC